AUGGGAAAGUACAAUUUAAUAUUCAAGAAGAACUGGUUUGCAAAAAGUAUUUUUGGGACAGUCGGAAUUUUUGUCACUCUGGAUCAGCUAGCUAGAUAUCAGUACAAUAUCCCGGAGAUCAGAGAUCCCAACCUAACCAUGUGGCCAUGGUGGCUUGAAAAAGUCAACGAGAAAAGUGGAUUGUCUUAUAAAGUAGGUUUCCCCACACGUUCACUUGGGUUUGUAUGUUCAUAUGUACUGUGGGAAUUGUAA